AUGUGGAGAACCGGCCUACUCUACCUCGACCGCGGGGACAGCUCCAUCCUCAACGCCCUGCGCAAUGCGGGGUACGACACACAACAACAGCCCGGCUCGCCGCAACGCUCGCCAUCGCGACGCUUCUCUUUUGCCAGCGACACGGAAAGCGCGCUCGAGGGCAAGCUCAAGCACGAGAUGCGCCAACAGCAGGGCGUGCAGCACUGGGUCAUGCCCGCCGACGUCAACAGCCUCAAAUUUGCAAGUCCCCGCAACAGCCCGCGCACCCGAGCCAUCGACCCAGCCGACGCCCUCGGCCUGUCUACGGAUGCCACCCUCUUCGAAGAGCCU